GCGCUCUCUGAUUCAUUGACUCGACCGUCACGCUGUCGUAGGGUUUGCGUCCGAGCAGCCGCGUGCUCUUAUAAGCCAGACGCCUCAGUCUUCUAGACUCGUUUUGUUUUAUUUUAUUUUAUUAGACGCUCGCGGGACGGUCGGCAGCUUUUAGCCAGGCUUUGAUGUUUGCUAGCCCGGUGACUUUUUGGAAAGCUGCCCCUCAGAUAUCACCAGUGACGUGACGCGCGCGAGGACGUCGUUUGCAUGAAACUGCGGCCAGAUAAAAGCGGCGGGCCAAUGACUGGAACGACCUCCGAAGACCAUAGCUCAGCAGGAGCGGUCAGCCCUCAGCAGGUUUCCUCUAAACCCAGCUCCAAGCACACCAUGUCUCUCAGCAGCUUCCAGCUCAUGCAGACCAUUAAGAACUCUCCGGCUGCUUUCCGACGGCGGUUCGGCCGCGACCGGACAGAAUCGCUGUCCCACGGCGACCCUCUGUUUAAAGUCCACUACCUUGGCACGGAGAAGAUCUUCUCUCUGGAUCGAGAGCAAGCCCAGGACGCUAUCGCACACUUGCUGGAAGGUAUCGCCAACGGGAAGAAGCUGAGCAAAGAUCACGCGCUGGUAGUGCGGCCGCGAUACGUCGAGGUCAAGGAGCUGAGCACGGGCCGGCAGCUCACCAAGACGUACCUGCAGGACAUCGCGUACUGCGCGGCGGACGCCAACCGGCCCAACGUCUUCUUGUACAUCUGCAAGCACCAAGGCCAGCAGCUGCAGUGUCGGGUGUUCUGGUGCAGCCGGGCGGAGCGGGCGCGGGACAUGACGGCGUGCUUGGCGCGCUCCUUCCAGCGGGCGCUGAGCGACUGGCAGCAGGACGGCUCGGCCACGCUGACGCCGGGGGAGGCGAGGGCAAAACUGGUGGAGGAGUCGACCCGUUCUCCUUCCAAGAGCUCCACGCUGCCCGCCAGUUUGGGGAAAGUUCGCUGGAAGAGAAGAGGCUCUGCAUCUCGAAGCCCAAUGAGGACCAUCACCAGAAGAGGCUCCGCCUCCAAUAACUGGAACUGAACCCCCCUUACGUCAGCCUAAGCGAUCAAAGAGAGGACUGCUAAGGCCUACUUUUGCCAAGUGGCAUAAAAUGCUGCAAAAAAGCAUAACUGGAAAAUGAAGUUGGGAUUCUUCUGAAGCUUCAUGUAGCUGCAGAUCAUGACUGCUGCUGUCAACGCUGUGCCAUUGAAACUCUGUUCAAACAAACACGAGACUCACGAGAACAAAGCCCCCAACAUCGGACGAAGGCGUGUGCGUGCAAACUUGACUAGUUUUAGGCACUUUCUGAGCGGUGCCUUUAUGAUCAUCCAGCUUUAAAGAUCUUUUAAUUUCUGUGAAAUGUAUUUGGGGUCUGGACAUCGUAGCUGCAAUAAACCGGCUCCACAUGAAUCUGCAGUGUUGCUUAAAAUGCAUGAAAAACAACCGAUCGCAUUUUAAAUUAGUAGUAUUUGUUUGGGGAAAGCUGCCGGGACUCGUCGCUGUUUCCGUGCAAAACCAGGAACAAAGUGUUCUUUUUUUUUUAGCCUCUGUGGGGAAUGUGCAGCCGUGCACCUGCAUUCCAAACGCCAACUCCAGGAAUGUCUUCAUUCUUCACCCAGCGGGCCAACUCCAGUCACUUCCUCUUUAUUUGAUUUUAUUUUGUAAUAUUGCUUCAUAAAACGACAGAACCACACCUCUGAUCAUUUCACACCAAGUUUACAAAUUCGAAGCUAUUUAUCUUUUUCUGUUUCGGACCAAAGCUAAAAACAACAUAUUUUAGUUUAUUUUGACUGCAAAAUUUUCUUUGCAUGUCAGUAUUUUUA